AUGGCAAAUUCCGACUUUGGAUCAGUGGAAGCAGACACAAGCAUGUACGGACAAAAACCUCAAUUGGAUUUACCAAUCGUUAAGUCUUCUUCACUUGUGGAGGAUUUGUACAAGUCAAGAAGUAAACUUGGUGGGUUCUUAGAGAAGAUAAGUCAUUUGGAGUCUGAAAAAGCAAGAGCAGAAAUUGAGCUGUCCGAGGCAAAGAAGUCGGUCGAGGAGCUCACAUUACUGAUAGAGAGCUCGAAUCAUGGUGUAAAGUUUCGGGAAAAUGAUACGGAAGCUUUGAAGAUAUAUAGAAAGGUCGAGGAAAAUGGAAACUAUGCGCAACUUAUGAGAGAUUUGGUGGCUGUUAAAGAAGAACUGAUUAGGCUAAAGCUUGAUGUCGAUUGUGUUUUGAGGGAGAGAGUUGCAGCAGAGAAAGAAGUCGAGGAGUUGCGGUUUAAAACGGAAGGGAAUUUGAGAUUGUUGGAGAGUCUUAAGAAAGAGAUCGAGGUGGUUAAUGAGGAACAUUUUUUGGUUGAAUUGGGAAAGAUCGAGGCAUUGAAUGAAUGUAAAGAGAUAGAAAGGUGGAAAGAAGGUAAAGGGAAAGAGGUUUUCGAUUUGUUGGUGAAAAAGAAUAAGAGAAUCGAGGAAAUGCUGGAAGAGGCGGAGAGAUCAAAGGAUAUUGAGAAUAAGUUGUUUGAGGCGACUUCGGAUGUUGAGAUGUUAGAAACACAACUAAAGCUUGUCAAGAAAAUGGAGAGGAGAGUUCACAGGAGAGAAAAGAGCAUGUCGCGAUCAAACCGUGCUUUUGAAAGUUUAUCGGUUUUGAAACAAGUAACAGAAGCAACUGAAGCAAAAAAGAAAGAACUUGCUUCUGUUAACGCAGAACUCUUCCGGCUUAUGGCUGCAAUGGAUCUGUUGAGGAAUGAAAUUCUCCAAGCCAAAGAAGAAACAGCUCGGCUCAACAAGAACUUAUGGAAAUAUGAUGUUAAGAUUCAGAAACUCAGUUCAAAGAUGCUUAUGGCAAAAUCGAAACUGGAAGUAGUAUUAUCCGCCAAAGAAAGAAUUAGCUCUCUUGCUGACAAUUUAGCUGCUUCGCUUGAGAAGUUAAAGAGAAACCGAGAAGCUGCAAAAAAAGAGGAGCGUCUUCUUAAAGAAGAGAAGACGGUUACAAAAGCGGAAACACAGAAAACCAAACUCGAGAUAGACGAAAAGGAAAUAGAGCUGAUUUCAAAGUUGGAUGAGCUCGAGAAAGCGAAUCAAGCAGAGGCUUUAGUGCUUGAGAAGCUUGAAUCUCUCAUAGAAGAUACAAUGGAAACUCGGGAAAUGGAGUCUGAGCAUUGUUCAACAAUCACAAUAUCGAGGUUUGAGUAUGAGUACUUGAGUAGACAUGCUUCUCAAGCAGAAGAAGCCGCAGAGAAGAAAGUUGCAGCAGCAGAAGCCUGGGUUGAAGCACUCAAAGCUAGCACAAAAUCGGUUUUGAUGAAGACGGAAACUUUGAUGAGAGAGAGUGGAAUGACUAGAGUGGAAGAAGAGAGAGAAGCAUUUAGGACGGAAAGGUUGUUAUCGACCAAGAGAGUGGCCGAGGGCGAGAUUCAGAAGUUUAAGCAGAAUCCGGAAGCCGGAAGCUAUCUUUCUCCUAAACCGGUUGGAAAAUCCGUGAGGCUGAGCGGGAAAUUCACACCGGUACAGCGAGGGAAGCCAAGAAGAUACUCAUCAGCAGGGACUCCGAGUUUCUUUGUAAUCAAGAAGAAGAAGAAAGUUCCGAGCCUGGUCAAGCUUUUUGGUCGCAAAAGGUAA